GCGAAUGGAGCAGUCGACCGCAAACCGCUGAGCAAGCGCCACUUUCCACCGAGCCACUCCUGCGCAACCUCAAAUUGUACACUAGUGAAGCUUACUGAGUAUUUUGUGAAGUGACAGUGAUGCAACCGUGUGCAUAUUAGUGAUCGACAUGCUUUUAUUGAGGACUUUUUGCAGUGCAAAGAUGAAUGAUGUACGGCUAUGGGUGUUUGCGGUCACACUGCAGACGCUGCUUCUAUCAGCCAGCUGUGGCAACCACCGGCGGUCCAUGGCCUCACAAGUGGGUCUAGGCUCAAAAGGUGGUUGGAGACCCGUGGUCGGAUCAAGCGGCAUGGUAUACGGGUCUUACGGCACAGCUCCAUUACACGCGCCACACUACAAGAUCCCAGUUCCCGUCAUAGACCAGUACCAGUACCAAUCGUCGACGCGUCCUGUCGCUACGAAGGAUGGGAACAAACUGACUUCUAUCGCGCAGUCGUACCGCCCCACGACGCUGAGGACCGUUCCAGCUGCCUCCGCCAUCCCUGUCAUCAACCAGCCCAUCAACACUUACCACAAUCCCUUCGCCUUCCAAAACAACGGGUUCGCAAACUACAAGUUCGUCCAAAACUAUCCAGUGGAGAGCGUCCUUGUGAGAAACCCCCACAAUCCAUUCAACGCACGUCCCCUGUACUCCAAGUAUCCCAAUAAAGUGAAGCAAAACAAUCACCAGAACCUUAUGAUGCAGCAACUGACAAACGUCCAGCCGAUACAGUUCGGACAAUACCAGACGGCCAAACCUUUGGACUUGUUUGGUAAACCGAUUGAAAGUUACGCGAGACCCACAGAGACGAAGAAACAGCAGACGAGUGGUACUGAGAUCUAUAAACAAGAGCUGUAUAAGCUACAAGACAGUGAUACGGCGCCGCAGUCCGUCAGCCAACAAGUUAAGACAGGUCCUCAGCAAGUGAAGACAGCGCAGCAGCAGGGCCUGGUCGGCAUACCCAACAUUGUAAACCCCUACGCACAGUAUUCGUUCCAGGAUGCUGUCUUCCCACCGAGUAUAUUAGGUUCGUUUGGAACAUUUGGAGUUCAAUCCGUUAAAGGCAGGGACCCCGUGUACCAGUUUCCAGCCACGAAGACUACAUAUUUACCUCCACAUUCACAACCGACAAAGACGACCAUAUUCAACUCGUUCAGCUACUCCCCGAAUUUCAAGACUACUCCGACAAUAUUCGAUUCAACUACACCCAGAUUACCCACAACAGCUAAUCAGCUGCACUUCGGGACAACAUACAGCGAUAUUAAGAUCACACCCACACCACAAACUAAGGUGUACGUCCCACCAAAGAUCGAUCCCAAUGCCGGAGCCAAAGAUGCCUUCAAACCAAGUCCUCAAGAUCCCUUCGCAAAGAACCAUCAAAGUGACUUCAAUAAAAUCUCUGUCACCACCUACAACCCCACCGCUGCCACGACAACUCUAGCCAACAACUUCUACGACUACAAUUUCCCCACACACCAAAACCAGCAGGGCCAAAUAGCACAUGAACCUCAGAACGUUAACUACAGUAAUGAGAAAAAGAAACACAAGAUCCACGACAACCUCGCUGCCGGUGGUAACCAGCAACCGUCAAAACAGUACGCUAAUACUCCCUUGAGAACAGAUGCACAGAACGCACAAAGCGCUCCUUAUCGACAGACUUACGAAGUAACUGAAUCUUCAGAUGACUUCCAUUCUCAAUCAUCAACAGCACCCUGGACAUUGACCUCUCAAACGUAUGAGUACAACAACCAGAAACCUACACAAGAAACAACAAAGCCGCAAGACUAUUCAGAUUCGUACCGCAAGCCGGAGCCCACGCCUGUGCCAGACCUCCCCGAAGAAUUUGCCAUCGUGACCGAGGCUGAGAACGGCCAUGACAACUCUUUGAGCUACGACGCGAAAGUCGAAUCCCAAAGCAGGCGGCCUCUAGAAGACGACUUCGUUGAACCAAUCGGUAAGCACAAGCUUAAAGACUACUACUACAAGGUAUCAACUCCUUCAUACGAAGACUACACCACGUCAAGACGAACGAAGAAGCCGACUGAAGCGGCGAAGUAUACCUCCACACCAGAGACUACCACGCAGUUUAACAACAAGGACAACAACGGAGACGCACAAGUGGAAGCUCUGCCCACGUUACCUCCUAACAAGCAUUUCAAACGACCCAACACGUCUGAACGGAAGAGGAACAAGGUCAGGAGGCGCCGUCCUCCGCUAGCGAACAACAACCGUAACAAGGAUGAGACUUCCAGCACUACGAGUACGCUAAGUACCAGAUCUUCUGCAUACAUCUCGUCAACCGAGCCAACCCUCACCACAGACCCCGAAGAAGUAUACACCAUCAGACCGAGAGUUAGACCAACGAAGUCACAACCCAACCUGACCACACCAACUGUCACGACUGACCUGACCACCAGCGCUCUACCGACAGUCACCCCUACCAUCCCCACUAUAGUAAAGAAGAAGUUACUUCACCGCCGACCAUUAACCACACCUGCUGAUAGACCCGAAACUACAACAUACGUACAAGAAGACUUAAACAAAGAAUCGCAGAUUAUGAAAAUAACAAGCAGACCACAUGGAUCUAAAAUAAACAGUUAUGACUUCAAAAACGACUUUACACAUAAACAGGAUGAAAAAGACACGCCGACAAGUGACGUCACUGUUAGCUUAUCCGAUACACUGAAAACUACCGUUGAAUCUGGACAAGAAUUUUCAUUCCAUAAAGAUGUAAAGCCUAUUGAAGCUAAACUAGAACCAGUAAGGGCUUGGGAGACAACAACAGAGUUUUACAAAGAAGAUAGAACAGACUAUACGACCACACCGAGAGUCGACGUCACCACUACAAGCCGACCUCAACGACCGAGACUGCGCAACAAAUACAACAGAACAAGAUUCAACGUCAAAGACUACAGAAACAGACUGAGUUCCACAACCAGCACUACUGAGAAACCUGCUGAAACCGGACCCAAAAUAAGAUUCCCUCAGAGAAGAGUGCCUUACAAUGAAAACAUUAACAACGAAAAUGAAAGCACUACAGAACGCAAAAGAUUUACACCUAAAGACCCGCGAUACAAGAACGGAAAUGUGGAGAACGAACAAACUCAGACAGAGAAGGAAACACAAUUUACUAAAGCAAACAAACAGAGACAAACAACGGAGAAUGUUGAGGCGACCACAAUCAGAGUAUCAGCGCGGAUUCGGAACGGACAGCGGCGGCCGAGGCCUACGACCGAAGAACCGGAGACGACCACACCAACGACAGUACACAGCAAAAGACCAAUAAGGAAGAAGAUUAAGGACUCUGAAAUAGGAGAAUCUGUGCAGGACAUAUCGGUCACAGAGACAACAGUUUACGACAAGAACGAAAUAACAUCAGAAAGGACAAGAUCAGAGAGUGCGAUUAUGAAAAUAGCUGACAAAAAGCACCAAGACCAUUUAGAGCAUUUAUUUGAGCAUUCGAAGAGGGUAUCGGAUCUAACGUUAGCAGCAAGCAAAGAUUACAACAAGCCGGGGAUGUUUAAGACGGUGUCGUCAAACAGUAGGCGGAUACCGAAUUACUUUACGAUAGCAACAGAUGAUCCUAUUUUACCAAUAGAAGCAUUCUUUCCCCAGUUGAACCAGAAGAAGGAAUCGUAACGUUCCUAAGCAUAGUUUAUUCUACAAACCAAAUCCUCUUUACUGCCAAAGCUUUUCUGUAGGUCUAUGUGACAGCGGUAAAAGAAAUUUAAGUUAUACAAGUUUUUGUUAUAUUUAUAUUAAAGCAUUGGAGUAAUGACGUCACUACACUCUCUUUAAGAGAUAUUGCUAGUGAUGUCAACUUGUCAAUUUUGAAAUUAAUAAUAACAUAUUACAACUGAAAUUGGGUAGUUUCCUCAGUCAAAAAUA